CAGGAAUUACCAAUGGUCUUCCACCUGUAAAUUUGGUUCCGUCGAACAAAAAUUUGUCAAUGGGGGGAGCCUCUUCUCACCUUCCUCCGGUAGAAGAAGAUUAUAAUAAAAAUGAUGCAGAUUACCAAAAACAUGAAUUUAAUUGUGAAAAUAGCAAUGACGAUAGUAACGGAAACGGUAUAUCCUCCCCUGAAGUUAUUAUAGAAGGUGGGGUCAUUGAAGUAAACAAUGAAGAAAAAGUAGGUGAGGAAGAAGAACAACAAGAAUCUGUAGACCUUUCUUGGCCAAAAACUUUUUAUAAAAGAUGUGUUUUUCUUUUUCUUGCACCAAUAAUGUUUCCAUUAGCUUAUACUCUUCCGGAUGUGAAAAGAGAGGUUUGUAUUAAUUUUGAGAUGAAUAUUUUUUUUACUCGUACUUGA